GCGCUCCGCCGCUGCGCCGCGGGGCCGGCCGGCCCGGUGGGCCCGCUGUCUGGCUGGCCGCCGGGCCCGGCCCUGCGUAGCUCCGUUAUGGCGGCUGAGAGCGGGCGGCAGUUCUGGAAGCGGAGCGCCAAGCUGCCGGGCAGCAUUCAGCCUGUCUAUGGAGCACAGCAUCCUCCGCUGGAUUCCCGCCUCACCAAAAACUUCAUCAAGGACCGCUCCAAAGCCAACGUGCUGCCUAUGAAAAGUAAGAAGGCCUCCAGCUUUCAUGAGUUUGCCCGCAGCACCAGUGAUGCCUGGGACAUCGGUGAUGAUGAAGAUGAAGACUUCACUUCCUCUUCUUCCUCUUUGCAAACUUUGAACUCUAAAGUGGCCAAGGCCACAGCUGCACAGGUCCUGGAGAACCACAGCAAAAUGCGGGUGAAACCUGAGAGGACCCAGCCUGCUCUCAGUGACGUGCAAACCAACUGCAAGGUCAACAAGUCCAGCAGCGAGGCCCAGCUCUCCAGGAUGUCUGAGGAGACCUGUGUGCGGACGCCCCUCCAGAAGCAGCAGUCCCUCCCCCUCCGGCCUGUCAUUCCACUUGUUGCCCGAAUCUCCGACCAGAAUGCGUCAGGUGCUCCCCCCAUGACGGUGAGGGAGAAAACCCGCCUGGAGAAAUUUCGGCAGCUCCUUUCCAGCCAUAACACGGACCUGGAUGAGCUGAGGAAAUGCAGCUGGCCUGGCGUGCCCAGAGAGGUCCGGCCUGUGACAUGGCGUCUCCUCUCAGGUUAUCUCCCUGCAAACAUGGAGCGUCGGAAGCUAACCUUACAGCGCAAGCGGGAGGAAUACUUUGGCUUCAUCCAGCAGUACUACGACUCCCGGAAUGAGGAGCACCAUCAGGACACGUACCGACAGAUUCACAUCGACAUUCCAAGGACCAACCCACUCAUCCCCCUCUUUCAGCAGCCGCUUGUCCAGGAGAUCUUUGAAAGAAUCCUGUUUAUAUGGGCCAUUCGACACCCAGCCAGUGGCUAUGUACAGGGAAUCAAUGACCUGGUCACUCCAUUCUUUGUUGUGUUCCUCUCUGAAUAUGUUGAAGAGGACGUGGAGAACUUUGAUGUGACAAACUUGUCACAGGAUGUUUUACGGAGCAUCGAAGCUGAUAGUUUCUGGUGCAUGAGCAAGCUGCUGGAUGGGAUACAGGAUAACUACACCUUUGCACAGCCAGGGAUCCAGAAGAAAGUCAAAGCUCUGGAGGAGCUUGUGAGCCGGAUUGAUGAGCAGGUACAUAAUCACUUUAGGAAGUACGAAGUUGAAUACCUGCAGUUUGCCUUUCGUUGGAUGAACAAUCUGCUCAUGAGGGAGCUGCCUCUUCGCUGCACAAUCCGCCUUUGGGACACCUACCAGUCAGAGCCAGAGGGGUUCUCGCAUUUCCACCUCUAUGUCUGUGCCGCCUUCUUGAUCAAGUGGCGGAAGGAGAUCCUGGAUGAGGAAGACUUCCAGGGCAGAGGACUGAACAGUUGGACAGAUACCAGCUCUUUCCUAGGGCCUUCUAAUGUUGUUACAAAACCUGCCGACGAUACACUGGGGCAAUGAAGAAAUCGGGCUCCUCCUUGCUGAAGCCUACAGACUCAAGUACAUGUUUGCAGACGCUCCCAAUCAUUACCGCCGAUAGGUGCCAGGACUCAACUCCCUCCUCUGCCCACCUCCUCCUCCUGGCCCAUCUGAUCACUGUGGCAUUUUGUCAUCCACGUCCUCGGAUGCUUCAGCUGGGAGCUGCUCUUCGCUGUACAAAGCUCACGUUGACUCAACUCUUCUGCGUGCCUGUCUGCCACUCCACACACCUGGAUGUGCCACUCCAACCACUGUCAGUAUUUCACUCUGUGCUGGGGGCCUGAGCCAGGGAGAGAAGCUUGAAGGGGCAGGGGACAGCUCUACAGAUAACUGAGCUCUCCCAGCCCUGCCUUGGGCUUGUCCAGCUGCUGGUUGCCUUGCUAUGCUGUGACACGUUUGCCCACUGCUGCACCUGUGUACACACAUGCUCGUGCCUCACAUGUGUGUGCUGCCCCGUCUGCUCCCUUCUCUCUUCAGCUGCAGUUCGAUCCAGCUCCCAGACAAAAAUGCCUUAUCAGUGACUGGCUGGAGAACUUCCCUGGGGCUGCAGGGCGAGAAGUUUCUCAGGGCCCAGCUUCAUUCCUCAAGCCUUGUGGGUUCACGAGGGAGCUGCUCCCACCUGCCCUCUCCUCUCCCUCCUCUUUGCCUUUCUUCAGGUGUGAGACAGCGUGGUGGGCACGGUGGGGCUUAACCCCCCCAUGUGCUCUGCAUGAUGCACACCGCUGUGACGAGACGCUCUGAUGUGCCAUCGGCGUGAGGGCAGCAGGGGGACUUCUGAAACUCCUUGCACAGCCCCUGCUCUUCCGAGGCGUUCUGUGUAUAUUGUGUUCUUGUGUAUAUGGGUCAGAGAUGUACAAUAUAUGUCCUCCAUUUGUAGCAGAUAUGAUUUUAUAUUUAUAACGUGGGUCCCUCGUUCUCCCUGUCCUCUCCAUGGCCUCCCACCUCCCCUCUGGAAGUGGGGUGAAGUCAGAGCCACGGGUAUUUCUGCCCUGACGUGUUUGGAGUGUUGAGUUUGUCAGGAAGGUGUGUGUCAGAAACGUGUAUCUCGAGGCUUCCCCUGCAACGAGGAGCGUGGGAGUUGGAAGGGGAUGGGAGCUGAGAGCAGGUUGAGGAGAUACAGGGUAUGGUGCUGCAGGGCACCAUGGUGCAGUGCCACCAGUGGGCUCUUGGGCACCAAGGAUCCCCAGUGCGGUGCUGGCUGUGCCUACUGCUCCCUACAGUGCGGAUGCAUCCUCCGAGAGAACGCAGCCAGAAACCACCCUGGGUUCUUAAAUGAAACCAAUUGUGAAUGUUUUAUCAGGCUGGUUUCCUUCUGUCUCCCUCCUGCGGAGGGCUGCAGGGGGGGGGGAGAAAUAUGACCCCCACAUUUCUUGGGGCAGAACAUGGAGGUGCCCUGUGGGAAGGGGCAGCAGGGGCUGAGCAUGUGAAAAGCAGAGCCUUGUUGCCAAUAAAACUCCAGUGUCUCAAGAAACUGC